CGGUGCCGAAGUCGCGCAGCCAGUCGGACGGGUUGCGCGGGGCCCGGCGUGUCUGGGCCGGACGGAGGAGCGCUCGCCGUGCCUCCCUCCCGCCGUGCCCGGCUUUCUCCUUCUCCCCCCGCGUCCCGCCCGCCCUCCUUCCUCCCUUCGUCCCUUCCUUCCCUCCUCUUUUCCCGGCUCCUCCGAGUUGGGGGGCGGCGGAUGCUGGCGGGGCUCGAGGUGCGGGAGGAAGAGGAGGAGGAGGAGAACUUUCCAGGACGCGGCGGCGACAGCGGAGCGGGGACCCCUCGGCGGGGCAUGGACGGGGCGGCGGCGGAGCCCCCCCCGCGCGAGGGCGGCGGGGCGGAGGGCGGCGGGAGCCGGGAGCGGCCGCUCUUCUCCUCCGCCGCCGCCUUCGAGCCCGGCUUCGCUCAGCAGCCGCAGCCCGAGGAGCGCCACGACAGUGCCAGCAACGGGACGGCGCGGCUGCCCCAGCUGGGGGCCGUGGGGCAGUCCCCGUAUAGCAGCGCCCCGCCGCUCUCGCACACCCCCAACGCCGACUUCCAGCCGCCCUACUUCCCCCCUCCGUACCAGCCCAUCUACCCCCAGUCUCAGGACCCCUACUCCCACGUCAACGACCCCUACAGCCUCAACUCCCUGCACACCCAACCGCAGCCCCAGCACCCGGCGUGGCCGGGCCAAAGGCAGAGCCAGGAGCCGGGCUUGCUGCACGCGCACCGGGGGCUGCCCCACCAGCUGGGGGGGUUGGACCCCCGCCGCGACUACCGGCGGCACGACGACCUGCUGCACGGCCCUCACGGGCUGGGAGCGGGGCUGGCCGACCUGCCGCUGCACUCCAUCCCUCACGCCAUCGAGGACGUGCCGCACGUAGAAGACCCCGGCAUCAACAUCCCGGAUCAGACCGUCAUUAAGAAAGGCCCCGUGUCCCUGUCCAAGUCUAACAACAACGCCGUCUCCUCCAUCCCCAUCAACAAGGACGCUCUCUUCGGCGGGGUGGUGAACCCCAACGAGGUCUUCUGCUCGGUGCCGGGCCGCCUCUCGCUGCUCAGCUCCACCUCCAAGUACAAGGUCACGGUGGCGGAAGUGCAGCGACGCCUCUCGCCUCCCGAGUGCCUCAACGCCUCCCUGCUGGGCGGAGUGCUGCGGAGGGCAAAGUCCAAAAAUGGUGGGCGGUCCCUCCGAGAGAAGCUGGACAAGAUAGGGUUGAACCUGCCGGCCGGGAGGCGCAAAGCUGCUAAUGUCACCUUGCUCACCUCGCUGGUGGAGGGGGAAGCAGUGCAUCUAGCUAGAGAUUUUGGGUACGUUUGUGAGACAGAAUUUCCUGCCAAAGCAGUAGCUGAAUUUCUCAACCGACAACAUUCCGAUCCAAACGAGCAAGUCACAAGAAAAAACAUGCUUCUAGCUACAAAACAGAUCUGUAAAGAGUUCACCGACCUGCUGGCUCAGGACCGAUCUCCCCUGGGGAACUCACGGCCCAACCCCAUUUUGGAGCCGGGCAUCCAGAGCUGCCUGACCCACUUCAACCUCAUCUCACACGGCUUUGGGAGCCCGGCGGUAUGCGCUGCCGUCACCGCCCUGCAGAACUAUCUCACCGAGGCGCUCAAGGCCAUGGACAAAAUGUACCUCAGCAACAACCCCAACAGCCACACAGACAACAGCACCAAAAGCAGCGACAAAGAGGAGAAGCACCGAAAGUGAGGAUUCCCCCCCACUCUUCUCCCUUCCCCCUCUCGCAGCCCAUCAGUCCAUUCAUCUCCCUCCUCCCACUGCCCUGCACCCAGCACCCCAGGCUACGGCAACAGAAUGAGCAUCCUUCUGCCAAUCCUGUUCUCUGACUCUGCGGGACUGCUCUGCCCUCUCCCCGUGCCCCUUCCCGGCAUCCACAUCUCCAUUUGCUCCCUUUUAACUCGUUCCCCCUCUCCCCGCUGCCACCAUCGUUUUUCUACCCCAGUUUGGAGCCUAAGAGAACAGAAAACAGGGGGAUGGAGCCAGCAAAAAGUAAAAGUUCUGUCUUGAGUUUGUGAACUUCUUUUUUUUUUUUUUAAAUAAAACAAAAGGAGGAAAAAAACAAAACAAAAAAGAGGACCUUUUUUUCUAAAAAUAUAUUAAAAAAAACUAAAAAAAAAAACUAAAAAAAAGAAAUAAUACUUAAAAAAAUUCUAUGAGCUUCACUGGACUGAAUCACCACCUUCCCUUACAUAAACUUCAGUUAAGAUUGUAGCCAUAUUAAAAAAGAAAAAAGCAAGAGAAGUGCGACAGCAGCAGCAGCAGCAAGCAAACGAAAGGCAAAAAAGACUGAUGACGUUUUAUCAGUAUUGUGAAUAAACUUGAACACAAAACACAAGCAGUUCCAUGUCAUAUCUUCAGUUGUUGAACUUUUUCCUGGCAAAGGUAAAGCGACCAACUUGAACUUUCUAUUGCAACAUGAUUCACGGUUAUUAUAUAAGGGAAUCAGUGUUCAUGUAUGUAUAUAUUUAUUUAUGUGUAAUUUAAUGGGAAUUGUAAAUAUGGUGAGUCUGUUUUAAGCCUUUUUUUAUUUAUCUGGUGAUCUCGUUUACCUCUUGUUUAGUGGGUUUUAAAUCUUCCCCUCUUAGUUCAUCAUGUGGUUCAUGGUACUUAUUUAGAUAUCAGAGGUUUUUUGGGGGUUUUUCUCUGGGAUUCAUCAUUUUUAGCCCUGUUGUAGCAUGUUAAAGGCGACAAUGAAGCAGCUGAACAAAUAAAAAGAGAAAAAAACAUGGA